AUGCAGCAACUUGACAAGAAAAAGUUAGAACGGAAACUGAAGAAACAUCAGAAGGCUAGAGAGAAAGAAGAGAAAAGACUUAAAGCAAAACAAAAGGAGGCAGCUAUGUUUCAGGCGCAAGCAGCUUUAUAUGUACUCAAGAAGGCUGAGAAGAAACAUAGGGAAAAAGUUGUGGAGGAUGAAAAUUCUGAGGAUUUUAUUGAUCAAGAGACUCCUAAUGGGCAGAAGAAACUGCUUGCACCUCAGAUGGCCGAGCAGUAUAGUCCAAGAAUGGUUGAGAAAUCAUGGUAUGCCUGGUGGGAAUCAUCAGGAUUUUUUGGGGCAGAUUCUGCAAGCACAAAACCACCAUUUGUUAUAGUUAUGCCACCUCCAAAUGCGGCUGGAGCUCUUCACAUAGGCCAUGCUCUUACGGUGGCUAUAGAGGAUGCCCUGAUACGCUGGCGGAGGAUGUCAGGUUAUAAUGCUCUAUGGGUCCCUUGGGUGGACCAUGCUGACAUUGCUACACAGUUUGUAGUAGAAAGGAAGCUUAUGCGUGAAAGGAAUCUGACAAGGCAUGACAUAGGGCCUGAAAAUUUUGUUUCUGAAGUUCUUAAAUGGAAAGAACAGUAUGGUGGUACCAUAUUUAAUCAAUUGCGCCGGCUUGGGGCCUCACUUGAUUGGUCUCGUGAGGUUUUGCAAAGGUCAAAUGCCGUAACUGAAGCUUUUGUAAGGUUAUACAAGGCCGGCCUGAUAUUUAGAGAUUAUCGCCUUGUGAAUUGGGACUGCACACUUCUAACUUCAAUUUCUGACAUAGAGGUUGAUCAUAUUGAUCUUAAAGAAGAAACAAUGUUAAAGAUUCCUGGUUAUGCUACUCCUAUACAGUUUGGUGUGUUGAUAUCUUUUGCCUAUCCUCUUGAAGAAGGACUAGGUGAGAUUGUCGUUGCAACAACUAGAAUUGAAACAAUGCUCGGUGAUACAGCAAUAGCUGUUCAUCCUGAGGAUAAAAGGUAUCAGCAUCUGCAUGGACGGUAUGCAGUUCACCCCUUCAAUGGCCGAAAACUCAAAAUAAUUUGUGACGCUGAGAUGGUUUAUCCCACUUUCAGUACUGGGGCUGUCAAGAUUGCACCUGCCCAUGACCCAAAUGACUUUGAGGUUGGAAGGCGGAAUAACCUUCAGUUCAUCAAUAUCUUCACAGAUGAUGGGAAAAUAAACAGCAAUGGCUGUGCACAAUUUGAAGGAAUGCCAAGAUUCACUGCUCGAGUUUGCAUUAUUGAGGCACUGAAGGCAAAGGGCUUGUACAAGGGUACAAAGAAGACCGAAAUGAGUUUGGGCAUUUGUUCAAGAAGUAAUGAUGUAGUGGAGCCUAUGAUAAAAUCCACCCAGUGGUUUGUUAAUUGUAACACUAUGGCCAAGGUAGGCCUUGAUGCUGUAAGGUCUAAGAAGAUUGAGAUCAUUCCCCAGCAGUACGAACAAGACUGGUAUAGAUGGCUUGAAAAUAUAUGUGAUUGGUGUGUUUCAAGGCAACAUUGGUGGGGACACCGUGUACCUGCAUGGUAUGUGGCAUUUGAAGAUGACCAGGCAAAAACUCUAGCUUCCGACAAUGACCGCUGGAUAGUCGCAAAAAAUGAAAGUGCUGCAAAUCUUGAGGCACAGAAAAGGUAUCCAGGAAAGAAAUUCCUCCUAAAUCAGGAUCCUGGUGUGCUAGACACAUGGUUUUCAUUUGCCCUCUUGCCCUUAACAGUACUGGGUUGGCCAGAUGAUACUGCUGAUCUCCGUACUUUCUAUCCUACUUCGAUGCUAGAAGCUGGACUUGAUAUUCCCUUAUUUUGGGUAGCACAGAUGGUGAUGAUAGGAACACAGCUUGGCGGUGAUGUGCCGUUUCAGAAGGUUUAUUUGCAUCCUUUUAUCUGCGAUACACAUGGCCGGAAAAUGUGUAAAUCACUUAGUAAUGCCAUUGAUCCUCUUGAGGUGAUAAAUGGAAUGACACUCAAGAGUCUUGUAAAACGUCAGAAAGAAGGUAAUCUGGAUCCAGAUGAAUUAAACAUUGAACGGAAGCUGAAAGAUUAUCCUGAUGGUAUUGCUGAAUGUGGUACUGAUGCCCUCCGUUUUGCACUGAUUUCUUACACUUCUCAGUCUGACAGGAUAAAUCUUGAUAUCAAGAGAGUGGUUGGAUACCGAAAAUGGUGCAAUAAAUUGUGGAAUGCCAUCCGUUUUGCCAUGGGCAAGCUUGGUGAUAAUUACAGUCCGCCUGCAACUGUUGAUAUGUCUAUCAUUCCACCAAUAUGCAAGUGGAUACUUUCAGCACUAAACAAGGCUACUGGCAAAACUGUUACCUCUUUAGAAGCAUACAAAUUCUCUGAUGCAACAUCUGCUAUAUACUCUUGGUGGCAAUACCAGCUAUGUGAUGUAUUUAUAGAAGCUAUAAAACCUUACUUCAACGAAACUCAAGAAUUUGAAUCAGCAAGAUCUGCCUCCAGAGAUACUCUAUGGGUUUGCCUGGACACUGGUUUGCGCUUGCUCCAUCCAUUCAUGCCUUACUUAACAGAAGAGCUCUGGCAGCGUCUUCCGCAGCCCAAAUAUUCUUGUAGGCGGGAUUCAAUUAUGAUUGCGGAAUAUCCAUCUCUUGUUGAGGAAUGGACUAAUGACGGUCUUGAAAAUGAAAUGGACAUUGUCUUGGAUGCCGUGAACAAAAUAAGGUCUCUGAAGGCACCAACAGGAAGAAAUGAAAGACGGCCUGCUUUUGCGCUCUGCCGAGGCCAAGAUAUCACUGCCACUAUUCAAUGUCAUCAAUCUCUAAUUGUGUCUCUUUCUUCAAUAUCGCUCCUCGAGAUACUGACAGAGAAUGACGAAAUUCCAGCUGAUUGUGCAAUUGCUAUUGUUAACAAAGAUUUGUCGGUGUACCUUGAGCUUCAAGGAGCCCUAAAUUCAGAAGCUGAGCGCGAAAAGCUAAGGAAGAAAAGAGAUGAAAUUCAAAUGCUACAACAUUCUGUGACACGCAAGAUGGAUGCUUCUGGUUAUCGUGAGAAGGCACCUCAAAGUGUCCAGCAAGAGGACAUCAGAACACUCGCAGCUUUGUUGGGACAACUGGAAGUCAUAACUGAAGCUGAAAAGAAAUUGGAUGCCAAAACCGACAAUAACUGACCAUGAUGAUAAUUAUACUAGGUAGCGGUGGUAGUGGCCGCAGUGCGCAGCUAAAAUAACGCAACACACAAUUGCAGAAGCUACGUGCAGAAUAGCGGCCACUAUUUAGAAGUUGUGUAAAUGAUAAUUUGAGUAAAUUAAGCACUAUAUAAUUUAGAUAUAAUAGAAAAUGGAGAGCUCAUGGUAUCGUGCC